AUGAUAAUGAGCUCCUUUUAUAUAACUCAGUGGCCAUUUUUCAUUAAUUAUAAUAUAGAUUUCAAAAAGUGGAAAAGAAUUAAACGAAGCGGCGGUUUUAGAAGAAGAGUAAAUAAAAAUUAUCAAUUAUUAUUGCUAAAUAUACAAACGGUACCUACAUAUAAUCUAGAAGAAACUGUGCCCAGUCAAGAACAAAGUGGUAAAAAUGGAAAUGGUUCCUUACAUUUUUCAACAUUGAAUGCUGAAAAUGCUGGAUCCAGUCAAGACUGGUGUUCUACAAAUCAAACUUGUUCCGAUUAUCAAGGCAUACUAGAUAGCGAAAACGUGUUAAAUUAUUCCGAUUUCUCUGAAGAAGACAACUCUUUGAAAUCAAGUGACGAAAGUUCUGAAGAAUUUGAUAAAGAUGAUCAAUUCCGGCAAGAUUUAAAAAAAUGGGCAAUCACAUGUAAUGUUGCUCAUGACACAGUUAAAAAAGUUUGCGAAAUAAUUAACAGAAGAUUACCUCAUAUUCUUCCCAAAGAUCCAAGAACGUUUCUUCAGACUAAAACAAUAUCAUUAAUUCCAUUAGAUAAGGGCUUUUAUUGGCACAAUGGUGUAACUGAACAACUUAAAAAAUAUUUAGAACUUCUUAUCAUCAUACCAGAAAGUAUAUCAUUAAAUAUAAACAUUGAUGGAUUGCCAAUUUAUAAAAGUUCUAGGGAGCAAGUUUGGUCUAUACUGUGCAAUAUAUUUGAAAUACCCUACCUGUCACCAUUUGCAGUAGGUAUCUAUUCAGGAAAAGGAAAACCUCAAGAUUUAGAAGGUUAUUUCAGACCUUUUGUAACAGAAAUGAAGGAACUCUUGCGAAACAGCUUGAAAGUUACAACAAAAUAUGGAAAAUAGUUGUUAGUUAAGGUUACAAUUAGAGCUUUUAUCUACGAUGCUCCCGCAAGAGCACUAAUUAAAGGAGUAUGUAAUUUCAAUGGAAAACAUGGGUGUUUAAAGUGUACUGUGGUUGGCGUAUUCACACCAGUCUAAUACAGUCAUAUUUCCUAAGACUGAUUGCACCAGGCGCAAUAAUGACGAUUUUCGCGCCAAAAUGUAUGGCCAGCAUCAUAAGUACGAUUCUCCCUUACUUGAACUACCAAUUGAUAUGA